GCAGCUUUUCGGACUUACUCGAGGUCAAUUUAGUGACGCAUUGCCAAUGAAUAUGACCUGCGACCGACAUUAAAUUUACGAACUAAGUUUUCGUACCAAGAUCAAUCAUUUCGAUUGUAUUUUUCUCAACAACAGCUAAUAAAGAACUAAAUUAAAAUUAAACCAACUCCAAAGAUCAUUAAUUCUACAUCGAAUUAUUUUAAGUCCAUGUAGUGGUCAUCUCCAGGUCAGAAUGUCGGGGAGCUUCGAUUCGAAAAUAGGACACACACAAGACUUUUCUUUCAUCAUUACCAAGGAAAUGAAUGAAAUCAGUGGAUUUAAAUGUUCUUUUCGCGAAUGUAAAAUUUUUCCGAAUUGUUCUGAGAUCGAACGUUUGAAUUAUGGUGAAAUUAUCGCCGGAAGGCACAUUAAGAAUACCGUUAAAUAACUAGGAACUCACAUCGGUGAUUAAUUCGAUCUCUAAAUGAUUAAGUACCAUGAAUUUGUUAUAUUUUAUUGGGGCUAAAAUUGUCUAAUCAUCUGUUGAUCUCAGUCUGUUUUUCUUGUCAGAAGCAACAAUUAACUAACUAUUAACAAUUGUAUCCACAAUUAAUUCAGUCUUGCUCCCAAUAGUGAACAAUAAUCAAUUGGAAAUAAACUGAGAAAUGAGAUCAGCCUUUAAUUGCUGUUGAAUUUAUUAUGAACCCUCAAUGACUACGCUUAACUGUUGAUGAUUAACUUAUAACCAUCAUAACAAUAAUCAUAAUCAAGUUUAAUUGUGUCGUUAACUAUGGCUAAAUGUUUCAUCUUAUUCUUGAUUAUUGAUUUUAAUAAUCAUUUCAAUUGUUCACAAGUUGUUCAAGUGAUUAAAUAAAUGAUUGACCUUAAUCAAAAUUGGAAAAAGGACUAAUCAGUAGUUAAUUGUGCUUUAAUUGUGCCAAAAAUAUAUAAGAAUAUGUUAAUAAUCAAUUGGAAUCAUUUGUUUACAAUACUAAUCUGUUUUUUCAUUACAAUUAAUUGUUCAUCAUCACAAUCAUCUCAAUCAUCAUCAACAAUUUGCAGUAAAUUGCAACAAUGCCAAUCAGAAACAAUACCAAUGAUUAAUCAUCAACCAAAUUUUGGUGAACCCAAAUGGCCAUUAACAUAUACCUGCCGCAAUUUAAGAGACAAUCUUGAUUGUCUACUUAAUUUGAGUCCUUAUUGUGAUCAUCGGGACUCAUUAACAUCUCAAACAACAUGGAGUCUAAUUUAUAAGACGAAAAUUUAUCUCGAUCAAAAAUGUGAUCGUGAAUCAGGAGUCACGGAUUCGCCAUGUUAUCGUAAUCCUGAUGUAAAGAAAUGUGAAAACAUUAAUCCAUCUCCAGGUUUAAUUAAUCAGUACAAUUGUUGGAGGUACAAUCGAUUCCGUGAUUGUGUACACUCAUCGAUACGAACUGGUUGCUCGCCACAGGAACAAAAUUUAGUUAAUCAAUAUUUGAUUGAUCGAUCCAAGAAUAUGUCUUGGUUGUGUAUUAAUAUAACCUCACCACCCUCAUCAUCACAAUCAACUGGUGAUCUUGAUUCAGUAAUCAUCGGAUCCCAUAGGAAGACUUCAAAUGAGCCAAUUGAUAAAAAUUACGAGUCAACUUCAUCAGCGCCAUUAUCAGGAGGACCUAAUGAUCGGGAUAUGACUGUAAGUGGUCAGUAUAUUGGUUACCCAGCGGUAGUUGGUCCACCACCACCGCCGCCGCCACUAAUUGGUCAGGGUGAUCCGUACCUGGGAGCAGGAGGAGGUGUUGGUUAUCCGGCACCUCCGUUGAACGAUGGCCUUCAUGGUGAUCGCAUACCAAUCGGAGGUCGUUAUCCUUACCUGGGUGCAUCACCCGGAGCGGGUGGGAUUUACCCUAGUUAUGGUAGCCAGCCUUACGAUAGUGUAAGGCCAAGUUACAGUUACCCGACGGGAUCGGCUUCCGUUGAAAUUUGUCUGGAAAGAUCAAGGUACUUGGCCCAACACUGUGAGAACGCGCUACUGCAAAGCCAACGAUUCGCUCACCACUAUCGAACCCCGGCUGAGGUUCAACGCGUAAUUUGCUGUGGAUUAUUUUACUAUCGUGAUUGCAUGUUCCAAGUAAUUAAUCACGUUUGUCCAGGAAGUGACCCUUACAUUUUACCGAUGGUUUUACCUUAUACAGUUAAUCAACAAUUAGCAACUUGUCGGACUUAUACUCGAGGUCAGUGUAGCAAUGGCCUACGACCAUCAAUGUCUUGGAUGAUUAACUUAAUCGUAAUCAUUAUUUUCCUUUUCAAUUUCAAUUACAUUUAAUUGAUUGUAAACAUUUUUUAAUCCUAUUCUUAAUCAUUAUUACACAUUUACAA